UCUUCCCUCAAUCAACCCCUCCCUCCCUGGUCCUGUGGAUCCAACGGCCCACAUCCAUCCCCUCCCAACGCAAUUAUCGUUCCCACUACCCCCAAGAAAACCCACCCGUCCCCUCCCCCAAUUUAGCAUAAAAACUCUCGCAACUCAGAUCUAACCAUCUAAUUCCUCAUCUCUCACUCUCUUUUGAUCUCUCUGUUUCUGUGAUUGAACCAAGAAAUGGCGGUGACACCCUCAGCUCGCGAGGAGAACGUCUACAUGGCGAAGCUGGCCGAGCAGGCCGAGCGCUACGAGGAGAUGGUGGAGUUCAUGGAGAAGGUUACAGCCGCGGUGGAGAGCGAGGAGCUGAGCGUGGAGGAGCGGAACCUGCUCUCGGUGGCCUAUAAGAACGUGAUCGGAGCGCGUAGAGCCUCCUGGCGCAUCAUCUCCUCAAUCGAGCAGAAGGAGGAGAGCCGCGGCAACGAGGACCACGUGGCCACGAUCCGCGACUACCGGUCCAAGAUCGAGUCGGAGCUCUCCAACAUCUGCGACGGUAUCCUCAAGCUCCUCGACACGCGCCUCAUCCCCUCCGCCUCCUCCGGCGACUCCAAGGUCUUCUACCUCAAGAUGAAGGGCGAUUACCACAGGUACCUCGCCGAGUUCAAGACCGGAGCCGACCGCAAGGAGGCCGCCGAGAGCACCCUCACUGCCUACAAAGCCGCUCAGGAUAUCGCAAACACUGAGCUGGCUCCUACCCAUCCUAUCCGGCUUGGACUUGCUCUGAACUUCUCUGUGUUUCACUAUGAGAUUCUGAAUUCCCCUGAUCGUGCUUGCAAUCUUGCUAAACAGGCAUUUGAUGAAGCAAUUGCUGAGUUGGAUACCCUGGGCGAGGAGUCAUACAAGGAUAGCACUUUGAUCAUGCAACUUCUCCGUGAUAACCUUACUCUUUGGAGCUCCGACAUGCAGGAUGAUGGUGCGGAUGAGAUCAAAGAAGCACCCAAGCGUGAUGACGAACAGCACUAAGCGCAUUGGGCUAUGGAUUAGAGUUGAACCUCUCCUCUAUGUGUUUUUGAUGGGAGAAGGUGCUUGUUACUAAUUCCACUGCUAUUCUGAGUUUUUAGGAAUUCUUGUUUAUUGUUACCAAAUGGUGGCCAUUCUGAGUCCUUUUAGCUUGUCCAUCAAAUUGCAUGUGUUUCUGGAUGCACCUUAUUUUCUUGAAGAUAUUGAUGCUUUUUCUGUAUUGGGCAUUUGAAAAGAUAUAUUUUCUGUCA